CGCUGAUGUAUGUACGUUUUAAAAGAGUGUUUCGAUAGACACCCAAAGCCCACUUCAUAUCAAACCGCACUCAUCACCCACUCAUGCACAACAAUAUGGGGCAGGCACCGUAACUCCAUUUGCCUUCUCCAUCACCAAUCGAGAGAGAGAGAGCCAUUGAUAGCACUCUCGUAGCCGACAGACAGACGCAAACGGCCGCGAAUGGCCGUGGGCAGUCGACGACGCGCGGGAGCGGGAUGUGUGGAUGCUUGCUUUCCACAAAGGCCAUGCAUGCCUCAUGGAAGAGAAAGCAAGCAACAUUCGGCGCUUCUCGCUUUCUCUUCAUUUCCUUGCCCCUUUUCGUCGGAUGGCAUUCAUUUUGGUCCAGAUCUUAGAAUUCGACCGUAGGACUUGUACCAAUUCCGUCUGUGUGGAAGGCAACUUAUCGUUAGAGCCGCGCAGGAGGUUGAUUAACUGGCAUGGGCGAUAACGCAGAGGGUUUUUAGGCAUGGGAUAUAAUGUUUUGCAAUUUUACAGCAUAAUGGUGCGAGUGUUUGGUGAUUGAUGUAAGAAUGGAGAGGUUCCCUGUGUUGAUGGAUUUGGAGGCUUGGAAAUGUUGUGCAAUGCGAAUACUGGUAUGUAGAAACGUCAAGAGUUUCAUAUGUACGUCGAUGGAGUACAUGGAAGGUGAGAGAGGUGGUCAUUAAGAAUUGGAAGAAGAAGAAGAAGAAGAAGAUGAGAAAGAAUUGAUGGAGCAGAAUGGCGUGGAGGUCAAGAUGGUAAAGCGAACAGGAGCGAAGGUGGCGUUGAUAUUCUUUGCAGUGCUCAUGUGGUGUGUAAACUGGAUACAGAAAGAUGAUAGCGGUUUGGCAAAUAUUGCGAGAUUGUGAAUGAGCAUGGCUAAACAUGAUGCGAGUAGUAGCAUAGAUGCUGUGGAAAAUGCUAUCGACGGCGAGGUUCAAAAUGCGAUGGAAACUGUCAGCGACUUCAUUCAUGUCGAUAAUGAAGGAGGUUUUAAGUCAAGCUUGGCUGCAUUGUUGAGACGGAUUCCAAAGAAAGCAUGGUUUCUCAUGGGGUUGGGCGUGGCCGGCAUAAUCGUCACCAAUGGGAAUAUUGGAAAUGUCAAGGGUCAUAGAAAGGUUCUCAAUAUCGGCUCCAGGAUAACCAACCUUUUUGCAAAAGGUGGAAAUAGACUGCGAAAAAAUCGUCAUCCUUCAAUAUGUCACUACGUCCAAUUGAAACCUGAUGUCUAUCACUUUGAAGAUGCUCUUUAUAAACGAAAGUUUUGUGCUCAGGAUUCAUUCGAUGUGGAAAAGAAGAUUACAGGUUUUGGUAGUCCAGAUUGGGAAAAUUCGCAUGAACCAGCUAUCAAAACGGCACCUGUCUUGGUAAAAUUGAGGAAGGCUGGCGCAACCUGCAUUGGCAAGACAAUCAUGGACGAAAUGGGUUUCUGCCUUUUAGGGGCAAACAGAUGGUUAGGAACACCGGAAAAUCCUUUUUCCACUUCUCGAAUUUGUGGAGGCUCUUCCAGUGGUGCAGCUGUUUCAGUGGGUAGCAAGGUUGUUGAUUUUGCUAUUGGAAUCGACACAGUGGGUGAUGUAAGAGUACCCGCUGCAUGUUGUGGAGUUUUGGGAUUCCGUUCUUCACACGGAGCCAUUUCGUUGGAGGGUACAAUUCCAGUGGCCUCCAGUUUCGAUGCCGUAGGUUGGUUCGCGAGAAAUGCCGGUUUGCUACGCCUAGUUGGCCGACAAUUAUGUCCUCAUGUAGUGAUGGAUGGCAAGGGCCCUAAGCGAUUUUACAUGGCGCAUGAUGUGUUCAAACUGUCAGCCGUAUCUCAUUUACGAACUGCAGAUGUGUUGGCCAGAUCAGUCCAACGAACUGUUGGACGUCAUACAUUAUGUAACCUCAACUUCAUCGAGUACCUAGAGGACCACGCUCCUGCAAUUCAAACUUUUAAGAAAGAACUAGAGCGCAUGGGUCUCGAUUCUUCCCAGUACACAGCUCUUGAUGUGCUUCGAGAGAGUAUGCUUUUGUUCCAGAGGCACGAGUUCAAAGGCAAUCAUGGAGAAUGGAUUGCUAAGGCGAAGCCAUAUCUAACGAGAACAGUUGAAUCACGAGUUCACAAAGCCGUGUUGUUGCCCGAUUCUGAAGCGCUUAGGGUCAUUGCAAUACAGGUGCGGGAGGAGAUAAGUUCCUUAAUGAACAACCUUCUCAAGAACGAUGCAAUUCUGGUGGUUCCUGCAUUACCUUCUUUACCACCAAAAUCGGCUGCAGUAUCUAAUGAAUUAGAAACUUUUGAGUAUAAAACACAAGCUCUUAUGAGCCUUUCUUCUUUGUCGAGGUGCUGUCAGGUAAUGGCAUCAAGAAUUGUAUUCAAAGCUGUAAGGGAGACCGAGGUGGUAAUUCCAGUGGGAAGGAAUGAAUUGCCUAUUUCAGUCUCACUGUUGGCGAGAAAUGGGGCAGACCUACUUUUAUUGGAAACAGUUAUGCUGCUCCACACAACAAUUCAACAGGAAGUUCUGGUGAUUACCAAUCCUAAUCUACCAAUUACAGCAUUUCUGGAAAUCAGAUGAAACUUCUCCAGAGCAGUAGCAGGCAAGAUGUCCCCAUACUUCUUUCGCCAUGUGCUACUUUGCAGUCUUUGUUUUAAGUGAAAAUAUCCUUCCAGUGUUGACGUCCAGCCGACAUUCGUUUUAUAUUUGUUUUACGUACAGAACGUGAUUGUCACAUCAUCACAUGCUACUUGUUCACAGUCAAUGUAAGACUGUAAAUUUUAUGCUUCACGUGCUGGUUCAUUCGUACUAUCUUUGAAAUCAGGCAUGCUUUCUAUAUGAUGGCUUAGUUACAUGUUAGGAAGUUAUUGUUGCCAUCUUUCUAUUCGACAAAACAAUCUAACUAGAAACAAUCGACUGUACAAAGAAAAAGCCAAUAUGGAAUUUCUGCACAAAUACGGAGCACACCAGUGUCUUCAAAUGU